GUGUUGGGUGGGGGGGGGGUGUAUUUGCCUCUAGACACCAAUUUAUUGAAGGCCAAUGACACUCCUCCUUUUCUUAGGAGCCUUGUGUUGUUACUAUGUUCAGAUGUGUUGCAGUGAACACAAACUACUGUGGAAAUUAGACUGAGAGGAACAAGUGAAGGUUUAUGGCAGAAAAUCUAAAACAUAUACAAUUGGAUGGAUAGAGAGUGACCCUGAGAGGAUCCUCUCUUUGUUGGAGAACGUUGUAAUGAAGAUCCAUGAGAAGAUUUUAACCCAUUACCUAUCCUGCACCUCACCGAUAGAUAAAGAAGGAUAUCUCUACAAAAAGAAAGAGAGGACUUCCUCCUACCAGAGGCGCUGGUUUGUCCUGAAAGCCAAUCUCCUGUUCUACCAGGAGCGUCCGGCAGAUCGACACCUGCUGGGGGUUAUUGUCCUAGAGGGCUGUGCUGUCCAGCGCUGUGAGUCUGAGGGAGGACUGUUUGCCUUCUCCAUGGUGUUCAGAGGUUCAGGGCUGAAAACCUACGGGCUUGCUGCUGAGGACCAGCUGGGCCAGGAGAGCUGGGUCAAAGCCCUGCUCACAGCCAGCCACUGCUACCUUUCACUGCUGGUCAGAGACCUGGGGAAGCAGUACGAAGAGGCUAAACGCCAAGCUGGCCCUGCUGAAUCCCAUCAACGAACCACUGUGACUGGUCCAGGCUCAAUGUGCCUUACCCAAUCCAUGACUUACCUGAACUCAUGCUCCUCCUCCUUCCUCAUGCCAGGACCAGCGAGGAGAGAAGGGGGAAGCCACAGUGCCAGUAAUGUAUUACAAGCCCCUCCAAUCCCCAGCAAAGUCAUCAAUAAGAGGUCCCCUAAGCAUUGGCCCAAGAGAAACGCACACGUCACACCUAUAAAUGGACCAGCACCACCAUAUGGGGAAUGGCCACAAGUGGACUUUGAUCCUCUAGAGGAUUUCACCAAGCUACAUGAUUACUAUGGAGAGGAGGUGAAGCAGCUGAGAGCUGAUUGGCUGAGGAGGAGGCAGGAGGAAGAGGAGCACCUUGAGGAGGAUCUCAUUGACCUGAGUGAACACUGACCCACAGAAAUCAGACAGUCACCACUCUGGUUAUUUUGAUGAGGACUUUGGUGUGAAUGCCAGUAAUCUGAAAUAAGAAAGUGCCUUUAUAAUUUGAGGAACUAGAGCAUUAAAGAAGAACUAGUCACCUGUGUAUACAUCAUGAUGGGAUUAAAGUCCUAUGAGGUUGAUGGUGAGCCUAAAAAUGUCUUGUCACAAAGCAGAGACUCAUCUUCAAACUCAUAAGACUAUCACCCAUAGUGGUGUUGCAAACAACCGGAUGCAUCUGGUUGUCAGGGAUACAGCCCUGAUGUGGGAACUCUGCUUGGGUGUUUCUUUUGCACCUGCUACGUUAGGUUAUAGGACUAUAAUCAGCUCAUGCUGUAUAUACAGGUGACUGGUUCCUCUUAAACACUCUAGUUCCUCAAAUGAUAGUCACUUUCUUAUUUCAGAGUACUGCCACUCCUACUGGUUUGUCUGUUACUGUUUGUAAAUUAUCAUUAAAAUCACUGGUCUAUUUUCUAGGUAAUAUUGAUGUUAAGUGUGAAGCUUAACUUUCUGUCAGCAAUCAGGGUAGUUAUGCAAUAUUGAAGCAAAGAGCUUCCAGUCGAAGCUCGCAUCUACUACAAGACCAUGGUGCUUACCUACGGAAUAGCAAGAUAAACUGCCCCACUCUACCUUCAGGCUAUGCUCAAAACCUACACCCCAACCCGAGCACUCCGUUCUGCCACCUCAGGUCUCAUGGCCCUCCCACCCCUACAGGAGGGCAGCUCCCGAUCAGCCCUGUCCAUGCUCUUCUCUGUCCUGGCACCUUCUCUGUCCUGGCACUCUGUCCUGGUGGGGGAAGCUAGGACAGCAGAGUCCCUGCCCAUUCUCCAAAAACAUCUGAAACCCUCUUAAACAGUAACUUAAAUAAACAGUAUCCUCACCUCGACCCCCCCCCCCCCCUAAAAAAAACAACAACACAGCAACACUUCAUCAGUGCUUGACCCCCCUUCCAGCUCUGCUUCUACCGAUAGCUAUGUUAUUGAGGAAAUAUGUACUUUAUAUGCCUGUGAUUAUGUGGUUGUCCCACCUUGCUAUCUUAAGAUGAAUGUACUGACUGUAAGUAGCUCUGGAUAAGAGUGUCUGCUGAAUGACUCAAAUGUAAAACGUAAAACAUCCUUGUGAUGUGUUAAACUUCAUAUAUAUUGAUGUGUUGUUACACACUGUCAAGUAAAGGCUUCACAUCCCCGUUUAAUAAGUUACAGUGCAGCACUAUAUAAUUAGGUGUAUAUCCUUCAUGUUAAAUGUAUCCAUUAUUUUUAAGCAACUUUAAUGCGCUAAAGGUUGAUGCAGCUCAGCCAUGCUGUACCACCAGAGGGUGCUACAAACACUAGCUGUGAAUUAAACCAUUAAUGUCCACUGAUUAAAAAGUGUGACAAGACUCAGUUUAAUUCAAUCAUCAUAUUGUUAUAGAGAGGGACAUAAGUAUCAAAGAGCCCUCUCUGGUAUUGUCCUGAUGGGACAUCCAUUCACCAGCCAACAUGUAACACAUUCAGUUGAAAAACCAAGAGAUGAAAGUGAGCUAAUAUUAACAGGAUCAAUGUAGUCUCUCAUGACAGAUGUGAGAUUUGGAUCUGAGUUCUGAGACAAGGAUAUAUGAGGAUUAAUAUAAUGUACACUAGUGAGACACCAGUGGUAAAAUAAACAAGUUCCGUAUUUAAGAAUAUCAGAUCAACGGAUCAAACUGAAGUUCACACACGGUGGCAGGUAUCCUAGCGGUAAAGAGCAUUGGGCUGGGUCGAAUCCCUGAGCUGACUAGGUGAAAAAUCUGUGAAUGUGCCCUUGAGCAAGGUUCACAUCCAUAUAUGCUCUGGAUCAGCUAAAAGUUUAAACUUUAACCUUUUAAGUUGAAGUGUGAAAGUGGUUUUCUAUGUGCGUCUCAAAGAUGAGACUUUGGCUUCACCACAUAGCAGAAAUUCAUACCAAUCAUCUAGAAUGUGAUAGAUUUGUCCAGGGGAGCAUGGAAGUGUGUCACCUUACACAAAGCACAUACAUCUGUAUAUUAACACCUCCUCACACUGUGACAGGAUAUAAACAGGCCAAAGGUGUAACCCAGGGCUGUUCAAUUCCCUUCCUGGAGGGCCAAAACACUUUGUUUCUACCUGGUAGUUAAUCGCACUCACCUGGUGUCCCAGGUCUGAAUUAUUCCCUUAUUAGAAGGAGAGGAUGAAAGCCAGAAGUAUUUUGUCCCUCCAGGACCGACAUUAAACAGCCCUAGUAAUCUGUCUUAUAAUACAGUAGGCUAUGUGCACUCUAUAUAAGGAAGUAUGGGGUCCUGUUACAGAACUGUGUGUAGAUAAUGUAUGGUACACCAUAUGACCAAGCAUCCUGGAAUGUAACUUCCCUGGUUAAAUAAACUAAAGGAUCAUUAAAAAUGACUUUACUUUACACUUUACCAUGGCAAUAACAAGGCAGAUCAGAGGUCAUAGAACAACACAGACAACCGGCGGCAGGUUACAGGCCCUACCCUAGUCUCCCGAAGCUUCUCACCUGUCUGGCGGCACUUUGGGUUUAAGUUGUUUAAAAUAAAAUAAAAGACACCAGACUGGGAUAUAUAAAAAUAACUAGAUGAGUGGAUGAACUAUGGAUGGACAGUUUUAAAAUUGAUGAUGUGUGUGUGUGUGUGUGUGGGUGGGGACAAGUUUCCUUUGCUAUUUUGGUCUUUCUCAGCUGUCCCUCAUAUAUAUUCUCCUCAGAGCUCCUCCUGCACCCUCAGUCCCCCUCCCUGUGAUCCCCUCCAACAUGGCAUUAGGAGUGAAGCACUUGAGGAAGGAGAGAGA